GCAAAGCAGAGGGAGGGAGCCGCAGCGAGCUCCGCCGCCGCCCGCCCUGGCGCCAGGCUCGGCCGCUGCCUGCGCCCCCGAGCGGCUCGGCUUGCCACGGCACGGAAGGCCCGGCCGCCCCGGUGGCAGCAGGCAGCGCAGGCAGCGCCCAGUGCGCUCGGGGCGCAGCAGCCGGCGCCUGGGAUUCCAGCGGCGCAGCAGCCCAAGAUCCCUUGGAAACGGGUCUCAAGAUGCUUUGGAUGAAGUGGAAGGUGCAAACCUCCGUUUCCAGAGUUCCUUGCAGGAAAGACACAUUAAUUAAAACACACGGUGGAACAAGAGGAAGCGGCCAGCGAUCUCCCGACUAGAACAAUGAUGAGGGAAUGGGGAGGGGAAAGGACCGGGGUGCCAGUCUGAAAACAGGUGAAUGACAGAGGAGCGGAGGAGAGGAGAGGAACCAGCAUCACGGCUGUAGGAGAACCCGGAGGAGGAGGAGGAGGAGGAGGAGGAGGAGGAGGAGGAGGCAGCAGUGCGAAGAGAGCCCUUGGCUCCGUGGCAGCAGACCCUGGCUGUGCGGCAGCUGAGCCAUGGCUACUAAUUUCAACGAUAUCGUCAAACAAGGAUAUGUGAAAAUGAAGAGCCGAAAACUGGGGAUUUACCGGCGUUGCUGGCUGGUGUUUCGGAAAUCUUCCAGCAAAGGCCCCCAGCGGCUGGAGAAGUAUCCAGAUGAGAAGUCGGUGUGUUUACGCGGCUGCCCAAAGGUCACUGAGAUCAGCAACGUGAAAUGCAUCACGAGGCUACCCAAGGAAACCAAGCGGCAGGCUGUGGCUAUCGUUUUUACCGACGACUCGGCUCGGACAUUCACUUGUGAAUCUGAGCUGGAGGCCGAGGAAUGGUACAAGACCCUGUCCGUCGAGUGCCUGGGGGCGCGGCUGAAUGACAUCAGUCUUGGCGAGCCAGAUCUGUUGGCUCCUGGCGUACAGUGUGAGCAGACAGACCGGUUUAACGUCUUCCUGUUGCCAUGCCCAAAUCUGGACAUCUAUGGCGAAUGCAAGCUGCAGAUCACUCAUGAAAACAUUUACCUCUGGGAUAUGCACAACCCUCGCAUCAAGCUCGUCUCCUGGCCCUUGUGUUCGCUGCGCCGCUACGGACGAGACGCAACGCGGUUUACCUUCGAGGCUGGACGGUAUGACGAACUCAUGAUGUGCGACGCAGGUGAAGGGCUGUACACCUUCCAGACCCAGGAAGGGGAGCAGAUCUAUCAGCGAGUGCACAGCGCCACUCUGGCCAUAGCUGAACAGCACAAGCGGGUUCUGAUGGAGAUGGAGAAGAAUGUGCGGCUGUUGAACAAGGGCACAGAACACUACUCCUACCCAUGCACACCCACAACCAUGUUGCCGCGCAGUGCCUACUGGCACCACAUCACCGGAUCACAGAACAUUGCGGAAUCCUCCAACUACGGAGGCGACGCUUACUCGGGGCCUCAAGCCAGCUCAGAGAACGACCUCCUGAACCGGUUCAUCUUACUGAAGCCAAGCGUUCCCAAGAGUGGCAAGAACGAGAGCAAAGAAGCCAGUUCCGCCUCACACUGACACGGCCUGGAUGGGAGAGGUCAGCAUCAGCUCCAUUGAAGAGGGGAGGGGGCUUUGCACCGAAGACUUGUUUUUUAUUCCAGUGCCUGCUCCUCUACUUUUAUGAGGUAGCUAUGGUUUGGGGACAGCUGUUUUUGCUACAGGAGAAGAGGGCAGAAUUUGCACAGAAGUAGCUCUGUGGAGAACGUUCUGGAUUCAGGAGUCAGCCUGAAUUGUCUGCCUGGCAGGUCAACUCUGGCUAGGCCCAGAGUGAGAGCGAGAAUUUGGAGGACCGCUAUCUAUUGUCGGAACAUUUUUAAAUAUAUACUAUGGCUUAUGCAUAUUCUAUAUAUCCAGAGGGGUUUUUUUCUCUCACACAAAUGCACAUUUCGUAGCCACAAAGGUGAGAUUUUUAAACAGUUGGCGGGUGGGUUGGGAUUUGUUCCCUCUUUCAUAGGGACUGCAACUACAGACCAAAGGGAAGAACUUUUAGUCACGAAGGAAAGAAAGCUUCCCAAACUGGAGCUGGGGAGCAGAAGGACUUGGUUCUUUGGGGACAAGAAGGCAUCAUUUUUGGUGGCCCAUGAGGAGAAGGAAUACUUGUUGCUGACAGAGGCCUGCUUGAGAAAGUCUUGCCACCGAACAACGGGGCUUCUUCCAGGGAACACUUGCCUCCAACAAAACCCGGGCCUUGAGGGGAUUGAAAAUGAAACAAGAUUAGCAGUCCUGCCCUUGCCAUGAUCCUGUGGUUGAGAAUGAGCACGUUCAGCCCUAAAAUAUUGGUCGGGCAACGUUGCAAGUUCAAACCCAGAGUGAAGUUUGUGCUGGUCUGAAUCGUUAAAAAAAAUGGCUCUUGCAUGCACGCAAACAGAGUAGACUUUUGCGACCUCUCAGGAGAAAGUGGUUUUCUUUCCCGUCUCUGACCUCUGCAUAGGUUUCUUUCCCUCUGACCUUUUGUGGAGGAGGCGCACGCUGUCUCAGUGAGGGAUCGCCACCUCAGGACAGACAGGGAGUGCGUUUCCCGCGACGGGACGUGUGUUGGCUACCCUCGUGGGUAUUUAUGAAGCGAUCGCUAGCUGCAAAGGUGGGCUCACCUUCCCUUUCCAAGUUUGGGUGCUAUAUAAAAAAUAUGCACGCGGGCCACCCGAAUGAGGCCAAUUCUGCACAGAUAUUGUGUGUGGGGGGACCCAGUUGAGGUUGCCUUGUUUAAUGGUGGCUUAUGAGAAGGUAGUUCUUGUUGUCCUUCCUCUAGGAAAAGUCAGACCCCACAAGGCCAUGCUCCAAUUUCUAGGAGGAGCCAGCAUCAUUUGCCCUGUCCCUUCUAUACCUCCAACAGGCCUGCUAAACUCCAUCCCCAAACAUUCUGCAUACAGCAGAAGUUAGAUAGAACCUUCCUUUGAUUGGCUGGAGACAAUCAGUUGCUCACUGGGGUGGGUGCAGGGGGGGGGCUUUUUCUUUCCCAAAACUCCACCCCUCAACCCCCUUUCAGUAAUUGCUGCUUUCUCUUUCCGGGAUAUCCCAGCAACACUGAAGACGGUCAACUAUCAGGUUGCCAACUUCUUUGAAAGUUGAAAACCAAGCCUUAUUCCAGCACCUUUAACAGGGGCUUAACUUUCAGGCCUUAGUGGGCCAUCAUGCUUAUCCUCACGUAAGAGAAAGCUUCGCUGGCUGCCACCUGCAGAUCGAGCCACUCUUGAAGCUGCAGGAGCAGGCCAUACCAGAUUAUUCCUGGUCAGUUGGCAACCCAAUUUUCUAAUCCUUCUCCGAUCCUUCCACUUUAGAGGCCAGUGUGAAUCCCAGCAAAAUUUCAGCCCAAUUUCCUUUGCUUUUGUCCUCUGCAUUUUCUCCCAUCCUUAGCUAGCUAGUAAAGAAGAAAGAGUGAAAUACUUUCACAUUGUGGUUGGCUUUUUCCUAUGCUGACAUUUAAAAUACACACACACACACGCACACAAAGCAAUUGAUUUUUCUAGUUUUACUAUUUAUUAAAUACCUUUUAGAAGGGCUAUCUUUUUAUUGUAGUAUAAACCUUGGUAUUGUGUUUUUGUUUUGUUUUUGUGUUUUUUUAAAACAAAAAUUAAUGCUGGAGGUACUUAACUUAUACUAUCUUGUGGUCUGUCACGUGUAAAUAACUGUGUUUUUGGAUCCUGUGUCUACGUGAGGAAAAAGGAAAGAAACUUUCUAGCAGAUCUGAAAAAAAUCCAAAAAACCAGGGGGCAGCAACUGUCCAAGCCGCCUUUGUUUCAACUUCAAAAAAAAUGUAAUGCCAAAAACUUGUGGGAAAAGAGAUCCACCAAAAUAUGCCCCUGCAGAGGUUUGUUUGCAAUAUUUGUUGAGAAUCGGUGCACUGCUAAGAGCUGUCCAUUUCCCCCCCUCAGACUAUGUAUUCAUUUAUGCCCUCUUUUCUCUCCAGUGGGGAACCCAAAGUAGUUUACAACAUUCUCCCCUUCAUUUUAUCUGCACAACAAUUGUGUGAGAUAGGUUAGGCUGAGAGUGUUCGUCAUGUGACUGGCCAAAGGUCACCCAGCAAGCUUCCACAGCUGGGUAACAAUUUGAACCCAGGGCUCCUAGAUCCCAAUCUGACAUUCCUUGUUUUAGGAACUAGUAUCUCUUAGGGAGGUUAGCUAGAGCCCUAGCUUGAGCAUGGUAUGUAGCUUUUCCUCUAAUGUGAGACAUUGGUCUCUUCUGCACAGGCAACAUAAAUGGGUUAAAUGAAUCUGUGUUGUUCGCACAGCAAAUGCGGGGGCCCUCCAGGAUUGCUGGGAGCCCAGCGAUAAGAUGCGGGAUGUUUUGCACAGGAAACCCUUUUGUUUCUCGGCGAAAUGCACAUCCGAGAAUCCCCAGAGAAUCCACUCUAGUGGUGGCUGCCUACAGAAUCCACAAUAAUAAAGGAUGGAAAGGGGGAAAAUUCAACACUUCCGGCUUGGUGUAGUCCACACGGGCAAGCAGGAAGCAUUUGAAACCCAGAUUAAGGGGGGAAAGUUGCUAAUUUAAUGACCAGCAUUUAACUGGGGUUCAGCAAAAUAGAAUGGGUUGGAAGGUUUUUUGGGGGGGGAGUUCUGUGAGAACUUCUCACCCAUAAUGUUUUUUUUCUCACCCUCUAACCCAUUAUAUUUUGCAUGUACGGAAUCACCCAUUGGAGGUGGGAGAGAGGUUUGGUGAGGUAGUUAUACAUUAGACCUUACUACCCAGGGAUUACCAUGGCUACCUACUCUGAGCUGAAGGUAGGAAGGAAGUUCCCAUAGAUAAAGCCAGUGGCCCACCACUCCUAGACAGCUUAGGUUGAAGGACAUCAGAAGGGUCUCUCCCAGUCGCUUCUCUGGUUUCACAGCCUGUAUUCUGUCUCUUUUUACCUGCUCCAGUUGUCAAGAAGACAAGGCCAUCCCUCUCCCCUCUGUGCUGGUCUUCUGCAUGCAAGUUGUUGUUUACAUUUGGAGGCGUUAAAAUGUUAUUCUGAUCCCCUCUUGUACACACACCCCUGACGUGUGCACCAGUGCAAUCCAUGCUCCUCCCUCCAAGUUUCUUAUCCCAAUUUUGGAUGCAGAACCCCUCCUCCAACCUUACAGAUGUGGAGCUGAGAUAAGGGCGGCACUGAAGCAGUGGGCUCUUCCCUGGUGAACUGAAUUCAUUUCCACACUCUUCCACAUGAAGCCUGCUGGUUGAUCUUGGGCAAGUCACAGUUCUCUCUGAACUUUUUCAGACCCACCCACCUCACAAGGUGGCUGUUGUGGGGAGAGGAAGGGAAAGGAGCUUAUUGUCUCUAACCCUCUUGGCUCAUUUGAUAGCUUAUGGGUGCAGAUCUCCAACAACUAUCUAUGCUUUAAAGCUAACUAUGGUGGGAGAUGCCCAGUGAAUACUCAAAAGUUGCCUUAUAGUAGGUCAGACCCUUAGUCUCUCCCAGGCUACUCUGGCCAGCUGGGGCUCUUCAAGGUCUUGGAUGUAGGUUGUUCACAUCACCUCUUACUCUGUCCUUUUAACUGGAAAUACUGGGGAUUUGACUAAGCUGUCUAGGAGUGGUGGGUCUGCAUGCCAAGCAGAUGCUCUUCCACUGAGCUACACCUCUUCCCUCUUCCAAGAACCUGGGGAUGUCCUUCUUAGGACUAUGUUCUGAAAACCUUGCCAGAUGAACCAACCAAACAUCUGCGGGGCUCUUUGAAAUGGAAGGGUCACUACAACCUUCCUGGACAACUCCUUCCACUGUGAACUUAAUUGGUAGAGACUUUAAAAGGCAACCCCAGAAGAACUGUGAAACCUCCGUCAUCUGACAUUUCACUCUGCCGUGCCCUUAGCGCCAGCCCAUUCCUUAGGGUCGUCUUGGGCAUUUUUUCAAAGUGUGCUUAUAGGUGAACUCCUAAUCAAUGUUAGUGUUUUAUAAGCAAUUUGGGGGUGGAGAUAUCCCAGCUUAUUAAUACGGAGUACAGCGUGGAGCUAGUAAUAUAAUCGAAGUUGGAACAAGAGUAAGCUUGGACAGGAAAUGCAACUAGGCUGGCCCUGGAUAACAUGAAGCACAGACAAGCUCAAAUGACGACAAGGAGGAGCUCAUAAAGGGUUUGCCAAAAAUGUUUUGGGUUUUUCUUUUUUAAUGGAACUGCUCAAGUCAAUAAAGAAACAUUACUCACGA